GUGAUCCCCAAUAGUGGCAGUCUUCAUUCCAACCUCACAACUUCCUCACAUCCUUUCGGGCACUCUUACGCAGGUAUUAUCUCGAGGCCACCUUGUCUCGGAUACCUUCUCGAUUUCCAGCCUUCCAUCAACUCUUGAACAGUUCCGAAGCUUUGCCUAGCAAAAGGCGCAACCCCGCCGAAAAUGUCGUUGACAAAUUGCCGUUUCUACGAGGAGAAGUAUCCGGAGGUUGACAGCUAUGUCAUGGUCAACGUGAAGCAGAUCGCCGAAAUGGGCGCAUACGUUAAGCUCCUCGAGUAUGACAACAUCGACGGCAUGAUUCUGCUCUCCGAAUUGUCGCGCAGACGUAUCCGCAGUAUCCAGAAGCUCAUCCGUAUCGGCCGUAACGAGGUCGUCAUCGUGCUUCGUGUGGACAAGGAGAAGGGUUAUAUCGAUCUUUCCAAGCGUCGAGUUUCUCCCGAAGAUGUUGUUAAGUGUGAGGAAAGAUACAACAAGAGCAAGGCAGUCCACUCCAUCAUGCGCCACGUUGCCGAGGCCACUCAGACCCCUCUUGAGACCCUAUACCAGCAGAUCGGAUGGCCCCUGAACCGCAAAUAUGGACACUCCCACGAUGCGUUCAAGAUCUCCAUCACGAACCCCGAUGUGUGGAACGAGGUUGAAUUCCCUAACGAGAACGUGAAGAAGGAGUUGACGCACUACAUCAGCAAGAGACUUACUCCUCACCCGACCAAGGUCCGUGCCGAUAUUGAGGUUACUUGCUUCGGUUACGACGGUAUCGAUGCGGUCAAGGAGGCCCUGCGCACCGCCGAGGCCCACAACACCGCCGAGACCCAGAUCAAGGUUAAGCUGGUUGCCCCGCCACUUUACGUCUUGACCAGCCAGUGCUUGGACAAGGCCAUUGGUAUUCAGAUGCUCGAGGAGGCCAUCCAAAGGAUUGAGGCCAAGAUUAAGGAGUCUGGCGGUGGUUGCAUUGUCAAGAUGGCUCCCAAGGCUGUUACUGAGCACGAUGAUGCUGCCCUCCAGGAGCUCAUGGAGAAGCGUGAGCGUGAGAACAUGGAAGUCAGCGGUGACGAGAGCAUGUCCGAGAGCGAUGAGGGCGUUCCUGAGUAAAUUGUCCGCGGCGAGCUUGGCGACAGCGUGUGAAGCUUGAGAGUUCGCUUCGGCGGCGACAUGAAAAACAAGCAGAACGCUUCACGAACUGGUGUUGGGGGUUAUCGCAGACUGAAGAUUGAAGGCGAUCAUAUAAGUGUGUCGGGUAGGGUGUGGAAAAAAGUUCAAUAGAGUUUCUGGACAUGACACGAUUUAUGAGACGCAAGUA